GAGGACAGAGGGGAGUCAGACUCACCUCGGAGUCACACGCUGUACUUUUUGAGUCGGUGUGAGCGUGUCAGGUGGGAUGAAAACACCACCACACAUUUGUAUUCACAUCUUACCUGAAUGAAAACUAAAAACAAAUACAUCAAUAAAUAAACAUUCAAACAUUCAAAAAGGAACUAAAGAAAUAUUAAUCCAGCACAUAUUUUCUGUACUUGUGGUGUAUUUUUUAUUUUAUUUUUCUCAGUCUCAUCUCCCGUGAUUCACACACCGACCAUGAUGACGGGGACUGGAGGAGCGGAUUCUUCUGACGUCAGAGGAGGAGAAUGACACGCGCCUCCAAUGAGGGGCCGAGGAUGUGCAGCGCGAGGACGGAGCUUCCGACAGAAGGCUAAUAACCAUGCCAACCGAGGAAUAUAGCGCGCUCCGCUGACUGGGGAAAGAAAAAAAGAAAAAAGGAAAAGGGGGGAGAACGAGAGGGGGGAAACCCUAGAAGAAGAAGAAGAAGAAGAAGACAUAUAAAUACAUCGUGGAGGAUACAGGGAACAGAGAUAUCCCGGUUUCCUGCAGGGGAGAAGAAGAAGACAAGCUGCUAUGAUUCUCUCCCUGGCUGCGGUAGCGGCCAUGAGUAGUGGCGGCAGCAGCAGCCUCAACUCCUCCUCCCCCCUCCUCGACCCCUUCGACUCCUCCACCUCCUGGAGCCUCGGCGAGGACCCGUCCAACUCCUCCUCCGAACCGGUCGUGAGGACGCUGACCCCGGACCUCCAGCCGGCGACCACCACCGUGGCGGUCCAGGAAGUGAGCCCUUGGGAUGUGGCGCUCUGCGUGACGGGGACGCUCAUCUCCUGCGAGAACGCCCUGGUGAUCGCCGUGCUGUUCUACACGCCGACGCUGCGCGCUCCGAUGUUCAUCCUGAUCGGGUCCCUGGCGGUGGCGGACCUCCUGGCGGGUCUGGGCCUCAUCUUGAACUUCGUCUUCACGUACCUGGUCGACAGCUCGGUGGAGUUUGUGACGCUGCUGUCGGUCGCGCUGCUCAUCUCGGCCUUCUCGGCGUCCGUCCUCAACAUCCUCGCCAUCACGGUGGACCGCUACCUGUCCCUGUACAACGCCCUGACCUACCACACGGAGCGGACCGUCACCUACACCUACGUGAUGGUCAUCUUCAUCUGGGUGCUGUGUCUCACGCUGGGACUGCUGCCGGCGCUCGGCUGGAACUGCCUCAGAGACGAUUCGGCGUGCAGCAUCUGCAGGCCCGUCACCAAGAUCAACGCCGUGGCGCUCGCCGUCACCUUCCUCCUCGUCUUCGCCCUCAUGAUGCAGCUCUACCUGCAGAUCUGCAAGAUCGCCUUCCGCCACGCGCAGCAGAUCGCCGUGCAGCAUCAGUUCGUCGCCAUCUCCACCACCAAGGGAGUCUCCACGCUGUCGGCCAUCUUGUGCGCCUUCGGGGCGUGCUGGCUCCCAUUCGCCAUGUACUCGAUUGUCGCGGACUCGACCUACCCUGUAAUAUACACGUACGCCACCGUCCUACCAGCGACCUGCUGCUCUGUGAUUAACCCCAUCAUCUAUGCGUUCCGCAACCCGGACAUCCAGAAGUCGCUGUGGAUGGCGUGCUGCGGGUGCGUCCCGUCCAACCUCUCCCUCAGACCGAGGACCUCCAGCGACGUGUAGCGAGGGAAGGUUUGUUGUCUGUUUUCUGGUUUGAGUCUUCACGCCGAGUCUGGGUGGUUACGAGAGAGAGGUUUGGGAACGGGCGGAAAGGCUGGCGGGCGAGGAAAAGAGACUUCCUCUAAACGCUGGUAGGCUACUAGCUAAAGGCACGUCUGGCCCGGGCUAGAAGGAAGGAACUUUGCAUGGUCAAAAAAACAAAAAAAAACAAAAAAACACAGCUAAUAAAGAUCAUGUGAUUCGAUGGUGGUGUGAAACCAACUGCAAAAACCUGAUUACGGUAUCCUCAUGGCGGUUGUGGAAGUUAGUCAGGGCGACUUUCCCAACCAGCGCAGGAAGCGAGGCCUACUUCUCGAAGAGUAGCAUUCUUUACGGGAGGGUCGGAGUUUUUUUAUUUUAUUUUAUUUUUUAAAUCUCCACAGGAGCUCAGGCAGCCGCUGCAUGGUUAUGCAAUCAGAAGGAGUGGAAACAGUCUUUAAAAAUACUGAAUUUGUUUGAAGUGAAAAAUGAGCUAAAUGUACCCAAUGAAUGACCUUGAGUCGUCUCGAUGAGCUAUCUCUGCAGUCUUCUCCUGAACGGGGAAAAUCAAGACUAUUCCCCUCCCUUGAAAACCGCUUUUAAGCAACCCGUGUUCCCCCUUGAUCUGGUGCGGAUUAAUUAAUUCAUGAAUUGUAGACAGAGGAUGCAAAAAGAACUGUGUGUGCCGGGAUAGAAACGACUUGUUCGAGCUCUUUAACAUAGCUGGUCUGAGCCCCGGUUUGACUUUUCCCAAAGCCACGAGCCCAGAAGUCAGAACCCAGAAUCCAGACAAAGCUUUAUUUAUGUGCCAUCCCUGCUCAAAAAAAUGUAAAAAUCCACAAUGAAACCUGAACGACCAGGCCUUGAAAGCAUACAUAACUGUGUCAAUUUUGCAAAAAAAAACCUAGAGAGGGAUUUCCAUCUGUAGACUGGUGCGUUUGUGUUCAGUGUCAUGAAAUCAAAUCUGCUCUCUUGUCGGAGAAAAAAAAAAAAACGAGUUUCUCAGCCAGCUGCUACGCCGUGACUGUGGAGCGGAGAGCGAGCGAGCAAGGCGAGGGAGAGAGCUGAAAUCAGCACCAAGGACAGCGCCACUGCAGCCGCACUGCUUCCCUGGGAAUGCUCUCUCGGCUGCAGGGGGGUGGGGGGGGGGGGGGGGUGGGGGGGAGAGCGCUGGAAAGUAGGCUACGCUGUUCUCUACACCAUCUUGAGAGGGGGAAUAUGAGUUGAGGGCCGUUCCAGCUUGAGAGGAGUUGUUCAUUUUUGCAUCGCGUUCUGUGGUGAUUACUGAAUUUUUUUGAAGGAAGGUUAGCUAAAUAUCAUUUUUCGCCAUUUCUGUCAGGGACAUUUUCCUGAUUCAA